CCGGCCAAGCCGCCAGCAUCAUGAGAAUAUAGUUUAAAUGAAAAGGCCUGAAUCCUGAAGAUGAGAUAGGCUCUAAAAAGCUGGGAAGGGGUGCGAAGGAAACUUUGUGCAACUUUUGACAGGGAUCAGGGUCGCCAAGACCACCUGUCAGCCGUUCACUGCUGCCCAGUGGCGCCGGCUGUCCGGGUCCUCCACUUGCGCUAGAACAGACGUCUCUAUGGUCAAGUAAACAGCGUUUUCUCUGGCCCCAAGUAGUGAGCGUGCGCACGAGGAGUAACUGCAACGGCGGAAAGAUGGCAGAGGAAGAGCCAAGAAAAAAGAUUCCUUUGGUCCCAGAAAAUCUCCUGAAAAAGAGGAAGGCUUAUCAGGCCCUCAAAGCCACCCAGGCAAAGCAGGCACUUUUGGAAAAGAAGCAGCGGCGAGGGAAACAGCUCAGGUUUAAGCGACUGGAAUCGUUUUUAAUUGAUUCUCAGCGGCAGCAACGUGACAGGAUACGCCUCAGACGGCUAGAAGUGAAACCUCAUGGCUUGGAAAUGCCAGAUGAACAUUCCUUGGCCUUUGUAAUACGCAUCCAAAGGAUCAAAGGGAUAGGUUUACUGGUGCGGAGGACCAUUGAAAGACUUCGCUUGAGGAAGAUUUUCAGUGGUGUAUUUGUGAAAAUGACCCCCACAACCCUAAAAAUGCUGCGUACAGUGGAACCUUAUGUGACGUGGGGAUUUCCAAAUCUGAAGUCUGUCAGGGAACUCAUCCUGAAACGUGGACAAGCCAAGGUCAAGAAUAAGAUAAUCCCAUUGACAGACAACACAGUAAUUGAGGAGCACCUGGGGAGGUUUGGUGUUAUUUGCUUGGAAGAUCUCAUUCAUGAAGUUGCCUUCCCGGGGAAGUAUUUUGACAGGAUCUCCCAAUUCUUGUGCCCAUUCCAUCUCUCAGUGGCCCGUCACGCUACUAAGAAUAAAGUGGGCUUUUUCAAGGAGAUGGGCUCACCUGGUUAUCGGGGCGAAAGCAUCAAUCAACUCAUCCGACAGCUGAACUAGACCCAGAAUCUCUGAAAGCACAUUGCAUUGGAGGCAUAUGUUUGUUUUCUGAGUUGCUAUCAAGUAUCUUCAAAGAAGAUUAUUUUCUGCUCUGUCUUCACAAACUGAAGGGGAAGGAUCAGACAAAAGACAGUGGGUGAUGGGCAUGGCAGGACCCCUCAUAGCACAGCCUUGUUCCAAGGGAAGGUUCCACUGCAUUUUCCACGUGGCCGCUACCUCUUCUGAAAUCAACAGAGGACACAUAUUUGCCAUGGAGGAGGGAGUUCUGCUGUCACAUCUUCUGUCCUGGGUUUAAUGUUGGUGAAUACUCAAGCCUGUAUACCAGGCUUCCGACACUCUGUAGCAGUGGACCAAGCCCAGGGCAUACAUGAACCUGGGGGUUCGUUCCUAGGGUGUUGUUUUGGAAAGAACUUAAAAUACAGUUAGAAGAACACAAAAAUGAAUGCUUAGUUGUCUCUGCUGUGAGUCCAUGUUUCAGCCUUCCCCUGAAAACUUUGAGAGCUCACAUCGGGCUGGCUCUAAGAGUACCUGGUGGCUUCCUUCUCCUAGCCUGCAACCGAGUUAGUCUUUUCCUCUAGGAUUUUAACCUAUUCUUGGGUUAGAGACCCUAUUGAGGAUCUAUGAGAAGGGAAAGACCCCUUCCCCAGGAAAACAAACCCACUCAAAAUUUUGCUUUGAAUUUUAGAGUGUCUGUAGACCCUUAUCCUCAGGGACCUAUGCACUAAUGUGAGGAGGUCUUGCUCCAUCACAAUUGGUCACCCAGGCCCUGCCCUUACUAGUCUCUGGUUCCUUGCAGCUAUAAAGAUACCUGUUUUCCCUUCAAGUCAACUGGGUGUUUCGUACUAAGAACACCAUGGUGGAUUGCUAAGGCCCCUGCACUGUCUGUAACACAGGGAAAUGCCCACCACUUGUUUGUUCUGCGCUUCAUGAUGGAAUUUUGUUUCCUUGAUGCUCAGUUCUAUAUAUAAAACCUGGAUCAUGAAGGAGUGAUCUUGGUUGGGUGUGGAUGAAAUUAGCAGUUUGACCUUUUAAGCUCCAGGCACUAAUUUAGUUGGGCUCUUUCGUACUUUGCCCUUUCCUUGCAUAUUCUGUACUGCAGAAGUAUUGCUCUCUGCUGUGCUAGUAAUGAUGAACAUGCUGGUAAUGAUGUAAACCAACUGCAGGGCUCCUGAGGACAUUACAACUGAAAAUAGGAUGUGAUCCUGCUUGUGUCCACCCCUAAAUGGACCUUCCCUGUGCUGCCAUCACACAAUUACCUUAACGUCCAUCUAAUCCAUUGAUGAGGACCUACCAGGCCCAAAUUAAUACUUGAAAACAUGCUUAACCAAUGUGUUCCCUGAUCUUUAAAAGCAAAGUUGCUUUGCUGCAACUUUGGCUCAUGGGGCUGUCAAACGUAGCUGUGAGUUAGAGGCAUAACAAUACCUUAAAGUAUGCCUGGUUAUGAGGUAGUUAAUUAGGCUGAUUGGCUCAAAAGUUAACCUGCCAGGAAUAGAUUUGUUGUAGAUGUUACUUAUACAAAAUCAGAUUACUUUAAAAUGAUGUACACAAAGCCAUGAAAAGUAGCACUUGUGAGAAUGGAAGCCAAAAGAUUUAUGUCCCAGAUCUGUCUUGUACUAAAUACGGGAAUAUUGUGUCUAUCUUGCCUGUAAACUGCUAACAGCUAGCCAAGCAACCUCACAGGUUGUUAGAAGGAUCAAAGAAAAUACAUUUUUUAACUUAGAAUUUGAUAAGUUAUAAAAAUUGUGCACUGCCGUUUAAUAUACCAUGAUAUACCAUUCCCUGAACAAGUUACGGGACUGUUAUUUUCUGAAAAAAAAACUACACCUAUUAUAAAAUCUCCAGGUUAGUGUAUGCUAAUAUGGGUUGUUCAUGGCAUUCAGUAUGUACCUGGUAUGGUCUAGAUGUUGUAGGGAAAACAAAAACACAAAACCUAGUUUUAGGGAGCAAGAGUAGGUGGAGUGAGCCGCAUGGCCAAUUAACUAAGGUUGUGGGAACUUGUCCUCUUUGCUCUAAGCCUUUAGUCCCCUGCCUGACCUAACUGGUGCCCUGGUUCAAGGGUUUUUGUUCAUUGGGUUUUUUUAAAGUACUUGGAUAUUUGAAAGUAAAUUUUUAAUUAGUACAUCAUGUGGUGAAUAUGAUUAAAAGGAGAAAUAUUAGGUGGUAUAUAUGCCACUAGAAUAAAAAAUAGAACAGUACAGCACAAACAGGGAGCCCUAAUUAAACUAGGAGCUACAGUUAAUAGUACAAUUAUAAUAUCUUUCAUCACUUUCUACAAACAUAACACACUAAUGCAAAGUGUUAACAAAUAUGGCAGCUCUGUGUUUUCUGCAUGACUUUUUUUCUGUAAACCUACAACUCCUCUAAUUAAAAAAUACUUU